AUGGACCCGAGCUACAAGGCUCGCAAGGAGGCCUUCGUCUCGAACCUUUCGGGAAGCUCCAUCCUAGAAAUCAAUGCCGUCACCCUCGUCGCUUCGACAUCAGUCCUUCUCUGGUCCGCGCUCCAGUCCCGAUUGUUCAUCUUCGCACAUGCCAACCCCGCCUCCCUCGUGACAGACUUCCUUCUCAAUGUCCUAGCGAUCUUGUUUGCAACUACGGCAUAUUCGUCGGCGCCAUGGCUGCUGAACAUCCUCCUCGUCUCCCCCGUUCCAUUCAUCCUUUUGAUAUCCCGCCCACGGACCAAAAAAGCCAAACCUCCACGCAAGUCCACGUCCACGAAAAAUGAUGAUGCUCAAGAAAAGGCAGCGUCCCUGCCCAUCCACCCCUUCCUGACGACAUAUCGCGCUGCCAUGAUGAUCGUCACCUGUGUUGCCAUUCUGGCUGUUGACUUCCCCGUGUUCCCGCGUCGUUUCGCCAAGGUCGAGAACUGGGGUACAUCUCUCAUGGAUUUGGGUGUCGGCUCGUUUGUGUUUUCGGCCGGCGUGGUCUCCGCUCGUGCGGUUUUGAAGGGCCGUGAUUCGCGAUCUGCCCGGCCAGCUCUCCCCAAGAGACUGAUCGGCUCUGCACGACAUGCAGUCCCUCUCAUUGUUCUGGGUCUGAUCCGGCUCUGGAGUGUCAAGGGACUUGACUAUGCGGAACACGUCACGGAAUACGGCGUGCAUUGGAACUUUUUCUUCACGCUCGGCUUGUUGCCUCCCUUUGUGGAGAUCUUUGACUCUCUGACAGCGGUAAUUCCGUCCUACGAGGUCCUAGCGCUUGUCAGUGCAGCACUCUAUCAGGUCGCCUUGGAAUCAACCGAUCUCAAGGGUUACAUCCUCGUCUCUCCCCGCGGUCCAGAUCUGUUGUCGAAGAACCGCGAGGGCGUCUUCUCAUUCAUUGGAUACUUGGCCAUCUUCCUUGCGGGUCGGGGAGCUGGAAUUCGCGUUAUCCCCCGCGGAAUAUCGUCCUCCAAAAACCCACAGCAGGCGCGCAAAUCCGUGCUGACAAGCUUGGUGCUCCAGGCCUUGUUUUGGUCUACCUUGUUCUUUUUCAAUUCCACCUACGCUUUUGGCUACGGCGCCAACAUUAUCGUGUCGCGCCGGCUGGCCAAUAUGCCGUAUGUGCUCUGGGUCUCGGCGUUCAACAGCGCCCAGCUGUUCUUAUUCUGUCUGACCGAGACUAUCUUCUUUCCGGGGGUUCACCGGUUGUCCGGGCAAGACGGCGAGGCGGAGCGCGCCUCUUUUGCAACCAGCAGGAUCAUGCACGCGUUCAAUCGCGGUGGUCUUGGGAUUUUUCUCAUUGCGAACCUGCUGACAGGCGCAGUGAACUUGAGCGUGCAGACUUUGGAUGUCAAAGCGCCGCAGGCUAUGGGCAUCUUGGUGGGCUAUGCUGCAGUCCUGACUGGUGUCGCGCUGGCAAUGGACCGUUCAGUGGUGCAAUUGUCACAUGUGCUGACGUCGGGUCGUCUCCACCUUCCGCACCUGCUCGGCUUCCUCAACUUCUCCCAUUCACACAUCUCAAACACAACGACCGGCAGAAUGAGUGCUGAGGAUCGCAAGUUCCUCAACUACCCUCCACCCCGCGAGGGACCCAAGGUGCCUUACAAGAACGAGACCCAGUCGAUCCCCGUUUUCCGCGGCAUUCCACUGGCCAUCGGCGCAACACUAAUUCAUAAUGUCGGAUUAAUUCAGAGCCACUUCUGGCGCAAUGCAGGCUUCGAUGUAAUUCGCCAGAUCCCUCAGCUCGACCAGUAUGCCGCGCGCAACGACCCCACCGUCAUUCCAAUCCAGGACCACAGCAAGGAUGAACCAGAGACAUGGACGGUCUCUGUAGCUAAGAGAACGGGAGCCAAGGCCCAUUAUACCUCAGCCGACUACCAAGCGCUAUAUGCUUCGGGUGAUUUGACCCCUACCGCAGUCGUGGAGACGCUGCUCCCUCUGAUCCGGCGCGAUGUCACGCCGCCAGGCAAACAUUCUACUGCUUUCCUGGAGUCUCAAGUCGAGAGAAUCCUUGCAGCUGCGGCUGCCUCGACGGAGAGAUUUAAGAAGGGUCAGACACUGAGCCCAUUGGAUGGUGUGCCCGUCGCGGUGAAGGAUGAGGUGCAUAUCACCGGAUACAAGCGCACCGUGGGGACCAAGUUGGAUUUCAAGGGUGGUAAUGACGACACUUCGUGGUGUGUCAAGAAGUGGGAAGAAGCUGGAGCAAUUGUUAUUGGAAAGACUACUAUGCACGAACUGGGGCUAGACACAAAUAACAACAACCCCAACUAUGGGACUCCCAGAAACCCGCACAACAAGAACUACUACUGUGGCGGCUCAUCUGGCGGGUCCGGGUACGCCGUCGGCGCGGGCCUGGUGCCCAUUGCCCUCGGCGCAGACGGCGGAGGCUCGAUCCGCAUCCCAUCGUCGUUCUGUGGCAUCUGGGGACUGAAGCCUUCGCACAGUCGGGUCUCUGGAGCGCCGACACUCAGUCUAGCCCCGUCAGUGGGUGUCCUCGGACCCAUGGCAUCCAACAUAGACGACCUGGCCUGCGCCUACUACCUCAUGUCCGUACCAGCACCAGCCUCGCAAGACCCCGUCUCAGCCCAGUUCCCAGACCACGGCGUCACACCACCAAAGCCUUUCGCCCCGCAAACAAAAACCAUCGGCAUAGUCCGCGACUGGAACGACCGCGCCGAAGCUCCCGUGCGCGCUGUGCUAGACAACGCCCUCGACUUCUACCGUCAGCAGGGCUACACAAUCAUCGACAUCACAAUCCCCUACCUACCGGAAGGCCAGCGUGCGCACGUGCUAACCAUCAUGGCGGAGAUAGCCUCCGGCGUGCACCCGAACCAGAUCUCGAAACUCACCGCGCCGAACAAGGUGCUCGUCUCAAUGGGAAUGUACCAGAUCACGGCGCAGGACCUGCUCGCCGCCCAGCGUCUGCGCAAUCUCCUAAUGACCCACCUCGCGCACCUCUUCCAGUCGCAUCCGGGCCUGCUGAUCGUCUCCCCGACGACCCCGAUCCCGGGUUGGCACAUCGACGGCGAGAAUGACCUGUCCCGCGGUCUGUCGGAUGGCAAAUCCUCCGUUCGCAAUAUGGAGUAUGUCUGGCUGGCUAAUUUCACGGGCUGUCCAUCCAUCAAUUGUCCCGCUGGCUAUGAUCCUGAUUCCGGCGUGCCUAUCGGCGUCAUGGCGAUGGGUGAAUGGGGUACAGAGGAGGACUUGCUGCUUUUCGCGCGCGACCACGAACCUAUCCUCGAUCUUCCUGCUGCUCUUCCUCCUGUCGCAGGUGGCGAUGGUGAUACCUCUGGGACAACGGGCCUGCGUGCUCCUGGGACUAAGGAUGCUGUUUGGGAAGAUGUCAUUGCUAGAGCCAAGGAGAAGAUGGCUUCUGCCUGA